GAGUCUGGGUCUUAUCUGUUGCGACACUCUCUAAUGAAUGCCCCAAAACCAGUAGCACACCAAGAGUCUUGACAGUACUACUAAAAGGAAAAUUAGAUGCCAGCAGUUGUGUUAGGGUAACAAGCUCUAUACUUGCAUCCAUCUUUUGCAACCUCUUAAUUCAUAUCCAGUGAUUUCAACUUUGGUAUGGCGGAUAAAGGAGGAGAAAACAGGGUUCAAAAAGAACAAAAACCAAAGCUUGGACUUCAAACUGUAACUGUGCGGGAAUAUGAGCCGGGAGACAAACCAGAGGUACAGCGGAUCUUCUCUGAAGGACUGAUGGAGAUGGUACCAGACACGGCCUUCAGAGGCUUGAGACAUCACCCAGAGAGUAUCCUGCUCUAUAUCACUCUGACAAGUAAGUUAAGAUGGGAAUAACAUUUCAUUGAUGCUUCUGUGAUGUGAAAAAAAACAACAACAAACAAACAAAAUAAAAAUAAAAAACUAAAGACUUUUGCAGACUGAUUCGGAGAAUAGACACUUUACAAGUCAUGGGUCACUUCUUUGAUAAAGUCUCAUCUUUAUUUUGUAAGUUAGAGUAAUGAUACAUGUUUUCACUCUUGUCACAUAUGUCCAUAUCUUUUCUCUGGCAGUUCUGUGUUCAGUUAUGACCAUGUGUUGGUGGGUGAUAGGACUCCUCCCUGUAGUUUUUCUGUGUGGGCGUUACUUCUACAGCUUGCGUGUGAUUCAUGGUUUCCUGGAGCACGCCAUGAGCAGAGACAUGGGGGACAUUGAGGGCUUUUACAUGAACAAAUCAGGUAUGCGUUUGAGAAUUCAAACUUCAUUUAAUGUAAUUCAAUACCAAUGUCUAUAUUUCUAACACUGUUGAACAAUAGAAUAGUCGCCAAACACAAUGUCAUCUGACCUUGAUCCUUCCUUUGUUAUCUGACACACUAAGUCGAAGCUGUCAACAAGGACAAAGCUGUGUGAUGAAGGCAUGAUGUGAUGAUGCAGGCAUUCAGUGGUAACACAAAGUUAGGUUGGAUCAGGUCGAACUCCACAGGUUGAUACUUGCUCCUAAAAUGCCCAAACUGGCUUCACUCAGUGGCGUAUGAAUGGGAAUAGUCAUUACUGAUAGGCUAUAUACAGAACAGCGUCUGCCAUUAGUGUGUGAAUGUUGUGUGAAUGGGUGAGUGUGACAUCUAAUGUGAAAGCACUUUAAGUGGUUAGAAAAAUCGAGAAAACACUUACAUGAGACACACAUAACACGUCCAUUUACAAGAGUAAAAUCACAGUGAAAUCAUGAUUGUUGCAUAUUGCAAAGUAAAGUCAUUGUAGAGUCUAAACAUAAUGUGUGACUUGUUAAGUCGUAUUACUACUAGAACAUAGCAUAAAAUCACAGUCAGGUUGUAGGUUCAGUGAUGUACUGCCAUCUUUUUUUCCAAGAAGCCAACUAGCUGCUCAUCUGAUUUCCCCCUUUACAACAGUUACAUAUGGACUUCAUUUUUAUAUCUUAAGAUCUCCAAUCUCAUACCAUAUUGCCAGUAUUUGUAUAACAGAUUAAUAGCCAGAUACUGCAAAAUAGAUAUAACAGUUUACUUAUAUUGCUAUGAAUAUAAUAUAAGUGGCUUGAACAAAUGCUUACCAUGUCUGUGAAACAUAGAGAAUAGUGUAGAUUGCUUAUAGUAUUUCUAACUUUCCAUAAUAGUCAAUGACUCCUAGCAGUUGCCUUAAUGUUUUUGAUUGAAGGAGUUAUCAGUUAGCCAACCACACUUGCAGCACAGGUACGUCACACACUUGAUAUAUGGCCAAAGAUAGUGUUAUGGGAGGCUCAUUUAGAGGAAACGGACACACCCUAGGGGGAGCCAAAGAUGCACCCUUUUUAAAUAAUUAGAUUAAUUUAACCAACUAUCUGUAAAGUAAAUGUCAGUACAGACAAUGAUCUUGAUUUGGGUUAUUUUUUAUCUUACAACAUAUCUCAUCUCUUCUUCAUCAUGAACCUGCUUUGUCUUUGUCCUCUUCCUCAGAUUCCUGUCUGUGGGUAGCAGUGCUGGAAGGUAAAGUGGUGGGUCUGGUGGCAGCAGUCAAUCGAACGAAGUCAAAUGGUGCUGUUGAAUUGCAGCGGAUGUCCGUUGACAGGAGGUUUCGAUGUUGUGGAGUUGGCAUCACGCUGGGACGAAAGGUUCUGGAGUUUGCUGUCUCUCAGGGAUACUCCACUGUUGUCCUGGGAACUACUGCGUACACACAAUCUGUCCACAGGCUCUAUCAGCGCCUGGGCUUCAGGUGUGUAGGGGUCACCAAUGGGUGUGUCACCCCUGGCUCAAGACAGUCCUUACUUGAAAGGAUUUUCUACAGGGUCCGCUAUAACCACUAUAGCUUUGAUGUGCAAAAUAGCAGGACUGCUUUAAAUGGACAGCACUGAGAUAAGCUGAAACUCAUCAGUAAUAAAGUUAUCAUCAACACUGA